AUGGCGAUCACCCGCGCCGACUUGGAGAUCAGAAAGGGUCUCUUCUCCGGCAAGGUGAGCAACAGCUUGAUCAUCGUGGGGACGCUGCUGCUGGGUUUUAUCGCGUUUGCGUUUUGCUUGAUUGCCGAGACUGCACGAACACAGGUGCUAUGGACGUCCAUGUCCGUCCCCAGCCUCUUGGACACCGAUGCCUACACGGACAUGAAGUGCAGCUACUCCAAAGCCGGGAGCGCGGCGCUCGCCUGCGCUCUUGGAGCUUUGAUCGCGAUGGUGAUCUCGCUCGCUCUGGCUUUGUCGAGGAAGAACUCGGAAGAGAUCAUCCAGCCCCUCAGCAUCUGGAACACGAGCACCACCGUCACGUCGGCUCUUCGAUGGACCUCCUUCGCGGUUGCAGCAGCAUUGUUGCUGAUUGGAAUUAUCCUAGAGGCAGGCAUUGUGUUUGAGUCCUCGAGGAGAACCGAGCCAAGAGAUCAAUGCCUGGUGGUUAGCCAGGGACUGUUCACCGGAGCCGGGAUCUUCGCUCUCGUGUCAACUUCCGCGAUGUCCGCCUUCUACAUCGCAGCUCUUCAUGCGGUGAAGCUCGAGCAGCGAACCCAAGCCGCGAACCAGGAGCUCUCCACGACCGUGGGUGGCGAAUCCAACACGAGAGCCGCAGAAACCAGCACCAUUGUCAACGACGAAGACGCUCCUCCUCCAUCGCCACCACUUUCCUCCAUCGCUACGGCUACGGCUUCCUCUGCAAAUCCCAAAGGGGUUUAA